CAGUGUGUGUUAUGUGUAUAUUGUGUACGCUUUGCUACGAUAGCGAAUUCGUCGGGUGCAACUAGCUGCAAUACACCGAAUUAGUGUGCAGCGCAGGCCUAGAGUCUCGGCUAGGAUCUUGUGUAUAGUUUGUGUCUAUCAUUAGAUCGAGGCUGGCCAGUGAAAUUCAAUGAUCAUGUUAACAACGGAUAUGGAUGUCUUUCUUAUUUCUAAACUUGAAUGACACCUCUUCAUACGUCUAUCUGUGAUUCAUUCAUUUAAUUUGCCAUUGAAAAAAAAAGUUCCAAUAUGUCUGAAGAACAAGCAAAUGAACCUGCUCCAACAGAAGAAGUUGAUGAAUCCCAGCAAACAGAAGGACAAGAACAGGAAACCGGUCAAGAAGUAUCAGAGCAAUUGCCCACAACUACAACUCAAGAAGAUGGCAAAGACACUCAAGAAAAUGCUGUCGAAUCUGAACAAGUCAGGGACGAUCCAGGAGAGAAGCCAGAGGAGGUUCCUAGUGGUGAUAAUAAAGGAGAAAAGGUUCAGGGUGAUGCUGGAGAGGCAGUUGGUACAGAAGAAGAGAAAACUGAAGAAUUAGGAGAUGAUGCCCCAAAUGUGGAUACUCCAACUGAAGAUGCUGAUUCAUCUGCUGCUGAAGGAUAUACAGCCGAGCAAGGAGGUCACGGAGGUCAAAAUGGUCAGCAGGAAGGUCAAGAAGGUGCUCCAGAUGAAGCAGAGCAAGAUCAGCCUACUGACAGCGCAGAAGCAGUCGAAGAUGAUGAACAACCUGCCGAAGGCACUCAAGAAGAAGCAGGAUCUGGCCAGCAGCAGACAGAGGAAGAGGUUGCUCGAGUCACGGGGGAUAUGGGCAUGGCCACAGAGGAGACUGGAGACACCCAUGAGACGGAUCCACAUGCUUCUUCGCCUCAACCAGAUGCAGAUAUGAUGGUCAAUGCUACAGCAACAGUGAAAUUUGUGCUGAUGCCCAGUGGACAGGUUACAACCAUGGCAUGUGCUUUGGGACAAACCAUGCACGAGUUGAAAGAGCAUCUGGCUAGUGAAUUGAGAAUGCCAGCAGACAAGCUUGUCUUCAUGUUUGAUGGUGCUGAUGUAGGUGCAGACAUGACCUUGGCUUCCAUCGGUGUAGGACCCAACGGAGCUGUGCAGCUAGAGAUCUCUUCGUCAGAUCCUGUCAAUGUCCCGUUGAGGGCGCCCAAACCUAAGCCUGAAUAUAACAUGCCUGACAUCAUCACCACAAGAAUAGAAAGAGAGGAUGGGACUGUUGAUGACGUAGUAGUAGAGAUCGAGCGCACCACCAGGCGCAAACCCUUCAUGGGUGGGUUCCGUCACCGGCUUACAGGAGUGGAGUUUCACAACGCAUCGGCACAAACCAAAGGAAGAGUGCGUACAGACGAUGGAAUAACGAGGUUCUGUCGAGACACCCAGACCGUAUCGGCGAAGAACAGAAUCCAGCAGACCACACUGGAUACCUCUACACAGAUGACAACCAUCGGAUGCUACAUGUCCAACAUGACUGACAAACUUGUAGUACCGGGCAGAUAUGAGACUGCAGAUGAAUACCACAGUAAACGACUGGAAAAGGUCAUCAUCUUGCAGUCGUACUUCCGUCGAUGGCAGGCCAACAAUACCGUGGUGCAGCUCAAGGAGGACAUGGUCAAGAGGCGCGAGUGGGAGCGCCGGGAGGAGAUGCGUAAGAUCAAGGAGAAAGAAGAGCGCAUCAGGCAAGAGUUUGAGCGACGCAUGAAUCCACGUACAAAGGAGGACUUUGAUCUCCUUUACCAUGCUUUAGAAAAAUGGAGGCAGGAAGAACUGUCACAAAUUGACGAAACAACGGGGGGUGCACAACGGAAAGCUGCCCUCUGUCACUUGUUGGAUCAAGAGACCCAGCUGAUUGCAGCUAUAGGUAGACACAAGCUGGAAGCAGACACUGAGAACAAGCAGAGGUCUAUCCAGAACUUUCUUGAUAAGGCUGCUGCUCCAAGGCGAUGGAAGGCAUUCGAUGGGAAGUACACCGAGAUGGAUACAGCCUAUACAAUCCGAGCCAGGGAACUCAAAGAUAUCUACAACAGUCUCAAUAUGAAGUACCUGACCCAGGACGAGAGGCUAGAUGUCUUACUCACCCUCAAACACACAGUCAAGGAGCAUGACUGUAAGCUGACGCAGGAGAUCAUCCAGCUGAUUGAUCGCGAGGCUGAUCUCUUGAUGAGAGGCGUGAGGGAGUCCAACCUCGAAGGACUGCGUAAGAGAAUUGCCACUCUCUUCCUGCAGUACGUCAAGACACCCACCUUCAAUGCAGAGGCAGCUAGAUUACUCAAGGUACCACAGGACCCAUCCACGCUGCGCAAGAACAUCUACUUCUGCCCGAGCUGCAGCAGCUACCUGCCGUCCACUGAGUUCCAGCUGGCCUCCAACUCCUCCGGCGUUGGGCGGUGCAGACGCUGUACCAAGCUGGACAACGAUGCCAGGACCAGGCAGGACUACAGUCACUUCCGCUUCAUGCUCAAGGGACUGCGCAAGUCAGAGGAGGCCAUGGGAGACGGCUCAAGGAUUGCUUUCCUAUUGCAGGAGGCUGACCUGCGCUAUUUGGUGGUUGAUAUCUGGAACACCCAGAGUGCCCUCAGCUCCUGGGAGGAUCUCUAUGAUCUGGUAUUGGUCCGUUGGGAUAAGGAUGAGGAAUGGUCUCCGUGGAAUUGCAUCCUCCUCACCAAGGAUGAGGCCAAAGCUCAUUCACAGAUUGAUGACCUGGAUAAGGCCUAUGGACGUGUCUUCUGCCACAAGAUCAAGACCAAGCACACUCGGGCUCGUAACUACUUCUCCCGUUUGCCCGGCAUGGCUGAGGUAAUGCAUGAAACAGCAGCCAAGAAGAGCCACCAGGAGAAGAGCAUAUCGAAUAGACCUGCGCUUACGCUCCAAGCAUAGUCUCAACUUGAUUGCUUGGGUGCAUCUAAGGCCUAAAAAAGAAGAUGUUGUAUUGCCUUUUGCGACCGACCCCAAAAUAUUGAAAUCUAGGGUCGGCUUUUUUAAUUUUUAAUUUUUUUUUUUU